UGAAGAUGUGGCAUGAAGCACGUCGUCAAGAAAAACUAAUGCGAGCGCGAAUUGUUGACUGCUCUAAAAGAGCCGAGAAACGACGAAGAUUUUAUGAUAGUGUGAGGAAAGAUCCUGAUCAGUUCAUGCAGAUCCAUGGACGAAAGUGUACAAUACAUACAGACAAAAGCAUCGCGCGAGCUGCGGAAGAUGGCAAUAUUUUGAGGAGAUGGCAAGGAGAUCCCGCUGUCUUGAUAGAUCGAUUUGAUGUACGCUCUCAUCUUGACUUCAUCACUCCUGUGAAGAAGAAGGGGGUUGAACCAGAUAGUGAGGAUGAAAAACAGGAAAUAGUGUGCGAUUUCGAACGUUAUCGCAUUUUGGUAAUCAACGAUUUUCGUGAUAUCUCCGAAAAGGAGUAUCUCCGUAAGAUCGCAGAGAAAGAGUUUUGGCGUAUUCCCAAAGAUGACCAGUUGAAAACUGAGCAAGAAAAGAAAAAGAAAUCUGCGGAGACCAAAGCGUCUAUCGGGUUCAAUUAUGAGAACUCAAUAGUGGUUAAAAAGGAAAGUGAAGAAGUUGAGAGCGACGAUGAUGCUGAUAUUGAGGAGCCUGAAGAUAUCGGUGUGUUUCGGCAGACCUGUUCUCACAUACUACAGUUGAUAAGUCUUUUUGUAGAUGUUGAUCUCGACCUACGCGGUGCAGACGCUGAAUCACAGCGACGUGUGAAUUGCAUAGGAGAAGCAUAUGGUAUCCGCCGCGGAAGCUUUGCAGGCCUGCUGCGAGCUGAUGCUAUAACGCGCGCUGAAAACGCCGAGCUGCGACGAAUCGACAGAGAGAAAGCAGCACUCGCUGUCCGUUUGCAACCCUGUAAUUGGCCGUUAGAUCAUUCGCUGAGAAAAUGGUUUCAGGGUCGCGAUUCGAAGCACGAACGUUUGCUGUUGAAAAAGCAGCGUGCUCUUAUAGUGGGCAAAGGUUGCCCUGAUGAAGCUACGGUUUCGCUGCUGAGUGCUGCUGCUCAAAAGAAAGCCAUAAUCGAAUCGAGUUCGUCAAGCGAGUCCGAAGACGAUGCUCGACCACAGUUCAUAACUACAUUUGGAGGCGAUGAUGGGAAAGGUAUUUAUUUUUAUAGUAUUUUCAAGUAGGU